GACCCAUUGUUACACCCAUAGGUGAUCAAACUUCACUCUUUUACAGCUCUGAUGAGGAAGAGACUGAUUUAUUUCUCCUUUCUGUCCCGACUCGGAGUCAUUGACAAAGAUUUGGAGAAAGAAAACAAACACUUUCAAUCUGGAUUUUUGAGAAAUUUGUUUCUGAUUCUUGUAAUUGUCUAGUUUUGGAAACCCUUGUUGAAGAUUUCUAGAUUUCUCGAACUACAACAGUGAAAAUGGCUUCGCUAUCUGAAGAUUUUUCUUGUCCUGUGUGUCACGACAUCUUCAAGACUCCUGUCAUUUUAUCUUGUAGUCACAGUGUGUGUAAAAAGUGUCUUCAGCAGUUCUGGAAAAGCAAGAAAACUCAAGAGUGUCCCGUCUGCAAGAGAAGAUCCAGCAAAGAUGAUCCUCCAAUAAACAAAGUGAUAAAAACCCAGUGCAAAUCAUUGCUUAAGGAGAAAAAAGAGAAACGUUCAUCAGGAUCAGAGGAGAUCUGCAGUUUACACAAUGAGAAACUCCAACUGUUCUGUGUGGAGGACAAGCAGCUUGUGUGUUUAGUGUGCAGAGAUGCAAAACAACACAACAAACACAAAUUCAGACCCAUUAGUGAAGCUAUUUCAUCACACAAGGAGGAGCUCAAGACAGCGCUGAAGCCCUUGAAAGAGAAGCUUAAACACAAUGAAGACUUUAAAAGAGAGUUAGAAAAAAACGUUCAACACAUCAAGACUCAAGCUGAUGACACCGAGCAUCAGAUUAAACAGCAGUUCGACAAGCUUCAUCAGUUUCUCCAAGAUGAAGAAGCAGCUACAAUCGCUGCACUGAGGGAGGAAGAGAAGCAGAAGAAGCAGAUGAUGAGGGUGAAGCUGGAGCAGAUGAACACACACAUCUCAGCUCUUUCACACACGAUCAGAGACACUGAGGAGAUGCUGAAAGCCAAUGAUGUUUGCUUUCUGAAGGAGUUACCAGGCUCAAUGAAAAGAGUCCAGAUCUCACAGCCGGAUCCACAGAUGCCUUCUGGAGCUUUGAUUCAUGUGUCUCAGUACUUGGGGAACCUGCCAUUCAGAGUCUGGAGGAAGAUGCAGGACAUCGUCCACUACACUCCUGUAAUUCUGGAUCCAAACACUGCUCAUCCACGUCUCAUAGUGUCUGAUGAUCUGAGCACUGUGAGUUACAGCUGGGAUGAACAACCACUUCCCGAUAAUCCAGAGAGAUUCGAUAUCUACGAGUGUGUUUUGGGUUCAGAGGGGUUUAAUACCGGAAACUGCAGCUGGGAUGUAGAGAUUAGAGGAAGUGAAUGCUGGAGUCUUGGAGUAACUACAGCAUCAAACCGGAGGAAGGGCCGUGAGUUCUGUAACGCUGAUGUCUGGAGGGUGACCUACGAUCCAUACAAUCAGCUCGGGUCUGGUACUUCGGUCAAGCAGGAUCUUGAGCGUGUGAGAGUGUAUCUGGAUUAUGAUAGAGGAACAGUGUCUUUCUCUGAUCCUGUAAAUAACAGACUUCUACACACAUUCACAACCACCUUCACUGACACAGUCUUUCCAUUCUUCUGUAAUCUUGACGAAGUUAAAUCUCUGAAGAUUUUACCUGUUAAACUGUAAUAACACACAAUAUAAGUCGGAAAUAAAAUCUGAUAAUUAAACUAAAUAUUUCAAACAAUCUACAAUCCCAAAUCAGAAAAAGGUAGGACAGUAUAAAAAAACGCAAAUAAAAAAGUAGUAAAUGUAGUGAUUCCGAAAUUUACUUUGACUUAUAUUUCAUUGCAGACAAUACAGCAAACAUUAUUUAAUAUGUUCCUCGUGGCUUAAUGUUUUUUUUUUUCUUUCCCAAAAUAAACAUGUAUUCCAAUUUAGUUUUUUGCACCACAUUUUGGAAAAGUUGGGACAGUAAAAAUUUACCACUCUGUAAUGUGCCAUUCCUUUUCACAACCCUUAAGAUGUUUAGGGACUGACGACACUAAGUGAUGAAGUGUUUCAGGUGUAAUUUUGUCCAUUUUUCCUGCAAACAAGUCUUAAAAUGGGCAACAGUACAGAAUCUUCACUGUCGUAUUUUGUGCUUCAAAAUGCGCCACACAUUCUCUAUUGGAGACAGGUCGGGACUGCAGGCAGUCAAGUACCUGUUUCCUCUUCCUCUGCAGCCAGGGCUUUGCAAUGUGUGCAGAAUGUGGUUUAGCAUUGUCUUGUUGAAAUAUGCAUGGGUGUCCCUGAUAAAGAAGGCAGCAUAUUGUGCUCCAAAAUCUCUAUGUACUUUUCAGCAUUAAUAGUGCAUCACAGAAAUGCAAGUUACCUUUGCCAAGGGCACUGAUACAACUCCAUACCAUGACACACCCUGGCUUUUGCACUUGUUGCUGGUACCAGUCUAGACGAUCCUUUUCGUCUUUGGUCCAGAAUACACUACGUCUAUCUCCCCAAAACAUACCUGAAAUAUUGAUUCAUCUGACCACAGUACACAUUUUCCAUCUAUGAUGGUCUAUCCCAGGUGCCUCUAACCACAGAGAAGUCGACAGCACUUCUGGACACUGUUAACAUAUGGCGUCCUUUUGCCACAAUACAGUUUUAACUGGCAUUUGUCAGUUUAAAUCGUAAUAACAAUCACCUGUUGACAUCACCUGUUUCAAAUCACAUCAUUAUUUAACCACUUUACCUGAUUACUGCCCUAAACAGCUCCUGUAACAAUUUGUUUUGGAAUGUGUUGCAGGUCUGAAUGACAGGAAAGGACGUAUAUUUACAAAUAAAAUGUUGAUCAGAGAAUUAUAUUGUGUUCAUAUUGUCUGCAAUGAAAUACAAGUCAAAGUCAAUUUGGAAAUCACUACCUUUUAAAAAAAAUUAUUUGUGUUUUCCAUACUGUCGCAACGUUUAUGAUUUGGGGUUGUUACAUAAUAUGAAAGUGUAAAUUUAGAAGAAAAAAAGUGCAUUACACAAAAUUUCUCUUUGUAUAAUUAAUGCUCUGUACAUGUCAUAUUAAGAUUUCCUACAUUUCACCACUUAUAAAGAUGUAAUUACACGCUUGUCACAUACAAGUGCCCUGUUGUCAGAAAUAAUUUAAAAAUACAGCACUGGAGAGUUUUUAUGGUGCUUCACUUCGAAAACAUGUAUUGUUAAACAAUAAAAUAAUAAAGACU